GCAUUCUCGAUCUCGAAUCUCAGCUUUGCAGAUUCUUCAUCAGCUAGCUCAGGCACAAGGCCUUUGUGAAACUGAAGGACUUGCCCGAUUCGCCCAAACUUGAUGGCAGAAACACACCAGAGCACCGCAGGUAUGAGUCACACUGUCAAGGAAGUUGCACUUGCCAUAACAACGAAGAUGAGCAACGUGACUCACAUGUCCUCCGAGUGUUGCAUCUAUCGAGUGCCUGAGAAGUUCCGCAGAGCAAAAGCAGAGGCGUACACACCUCAAGUCGUCUCCAUCGGGCCAUUCCACCGUGAUAAGACAGUGCUUCAGUCGACGGAGGAGAUCAAACUGAGGUACUUGAUAGGCUUCCUCCGCCGCAUCAAGGCCGACCUCCUAGCUUGUACCAGAAUGAUCAGCGAAUUGGAAGACCGCAUUCGGCAAUGCUACCAAGAAAGUCUCACCCAAGACAGCGACCAGCUCGUGGAAAUAAUCUUGGUGGACGCGGUUUUUGUAGUUGAGCUUUUCAUAAGGAACCAUUACCCCGAGCACCGAGAUGAGAACGACGAGAUAUUCAGCAAGCAGUGGAUGAGCAAUGCCGUGCUUCACGACGUCCUGCUGCUGGAAAACCAAGUCCCUUUCUUUGUCCUCGAGACUCUCUAUAACCUCACCGCAUUGAAGACCACUAUCACAUUCUUCAAGCUCAGUUAUGAGUAUUUCAAAGAUGUCUUGCACGGGCAUGAGCUUGCAGGCACGAGAACCCAGGUGAGGCACCUAGUGGACUACGUGCGAGCCCAGCAACUGCCCUCAUUCCCGCAGGGCGUGGCAUCCCAACGGGCCAAGAAAUUCGAGCUGACUCGGAGUGCAAAGGAGCUGGAAGAGGCCGGCCUCAACUUCCGACAGAGCGAGGGAACCUCCUCCUUGCUCGAUGUCAUCUUCAAGGACGGGACCCUAGGGAUGCAGCGCCUGGUUGUGAAUGAAUGGACCGACGCGUACUUGAGGAACAUGAUUGCGUACGAGCAGUGCCACCACGAGUACAAGCACAUCAGCAGCUACGUCAUUCUCCUGGACAGCCUCAUAGACACGCCCAAAGACAUCGACAUCCUAAUCAGCUGUGGAAUUCUGGAAAAUCAACUUGGAAGUGCGGACGACGUGGCUCGUCUCAUCAACGGCAUGUACAAUGAGACCAUGAGGGACUCCAGCGAGUUCCUCUACUCGAGCCAGUGUGAGAGCCUGAACGCGUACAGCCGGACCUGGUGGCAACAGUGGAAGGCUGCCUGGUACCGCUGGAGGGUCAUUCUCAAGCGGGACUACUUCAGCAACCCAUGGUCUGGGGUCUCCGUGGUCGCCGCUGUGGUGUUGCUCAUUCUCACCCUGGUGCAAACCGCGUGUUCAUUUCUGGAUAUUUACGCGGGCAAUGCCCGGAGAUUGUUCCGCGGCCGCAAGUGGUAAUAUAAAAGGCAUUAAAUAAUGCCUUGUAAGAAGCGACCGAUCUCGCGAAAGUAGGGUCCACACUAGAGUUUCCAACAAUUCAUGGAGCCUCGGAACUAAUCCAACAGCAAUGCCAGGAUCUAGAGUGCUAACUUCAAAUUCCAAAUCAGAUGAACGAAAAUCGAAGCAAAAGAGGAAGUGGGGAAGCAAACCAAAGACACUAAUGAAGCGGUGGCUGGAGACAAACCGCACUG